CGAGUCGCAAAACAUUCUGUCAAAGUUGUUGCUGUUUUCGACUUCUAUGCAUAGGAAAAUUUUUUCGUUUCUCGCAAUAAAAGAAUACUACACAAAAACAAAGAAAAUGUUGUAAAGUUAAAACCAGUACGAAACAACUAAACUUUCAUCGAUUGUGGCUAAGUGGUAAUGAAUAAAUCGAAAAAGUUAAAUACGCAGCAACGGCCACAGAAAAACCACGGCGUAGAGACUUUAAACAGACGGUGUAAACAGAAAUAGCAAAAAAAAAAGAACGAAUAUAGCAGAAGUAGUUUUCUAUAAGGAAUUGUGCGUCCAUUGCCAAGUUGUGUGAAGGACAAUUUUUUAUCUGAUUUACUAACACAACACAACAUUAGCUUAGCUAACGUACUCAACGGUGGCGAUGGAAAAUUUGCAAGGGCGUAACACCAGCGGUAGUAAUGGUACUCUAUUCAAAAAUAAUUCUGACACAGAAAACUUAAGUGGUGGUCGCUGUAACAAAUCGGCGCAUGUAGGCGCUGGCUUUGUGGCAACCAAGCCUUUUACAGCGGUGCAGGACGAAUGCAAUUGUCUCGGUGGUGGCGGUGUUAGCGGUAGCAGCACCAGCUGGUUGUCUUGCGGACAACAACAUAUAAACAAUAACAACAAUAAUAAUUCAACGGAUGUGCAAAGCAAGUGCAAUGUCGGCAUAACAACAACGACAGCGAUGACGGCCACAGUGAAUAUUGCAACCGUAACGUUGGCAAAUGUGACAACAGAUGCGUCAUGUACCGGCAUCGGCCAAAUAACUGCUGGUGGUGGUGGUGGUGGGGGCGAAGUUGACAGUUGUGAAAGCAAAACAGUUGGGGUUGCACGCACGGGUUUUGGCAUGUCCGAUAGCAUGAGCUUGGCAGGUGCCGUUGAAAAAAUUAACGGCGGUACAGAGUUAAAGCUAAAUGGCGGGGCUGGCAUCACGAUAGACACACCUACAUCACCACAGGAUGCAAUGGCAGCCGCAGCCGCUACGCCCAGCGAUUUCCAUGCUUGCAGUUUUGAUGUAUUUUCAGCCGCUGCAGCUGCAGCUGGCGCAGUAUCGCGCAGCGCUUCGCUUAACAACUCCACCGAAAAUCUGAGCUACGCGAGUGAUAAUUACUAUGGUGAUGAUUUAUUGCUGUUAGAAGGCGAUGAUGAUGUAGACGAUGUGGAUGUUGAUGCCGAAGAGAUUUCCCUCAACUCGGAUGAUUGUGUUUACGCAUAUCGCGGAGAUGGCGCCGAUUUUGAUCUCGCACUGGAUACUAUUUCUGGACGUGGGCAUGGUACUGGAAAUACCUGCAUGGCGGAUGACGAAACGGACUUUUUAGAAAUGGAUUUUGAACCGGAUCCUUUAUCAGAAGUGGAAUAUGGCUCUGUAGAGACGGCACCUGGGCACGCCGACGCUUUUCUAAUGCAACGUGAUGCCUGCCAUUUGAGUGGACGCCAUUCAGCGACGCUGGGACACUACGGUAAUGGCGCUGCUGCUGCGCAAAGACUUCUUUUCAGUUCGCCAAUCGAUGAUAGUUUGCCACCGCCACCCGCUAAAACGCUGCAAUCCCAACUAAUGAUCAGCAAGAACUUUGCCCGAAUCACCAUGCAUUUAGAUCAGAUCAAGGGCGAGAAUGGCGACAGCGAUGCCUACGAGCAUGUGCAAAGUGAUCGCGCCUCUGCGUUGGGCAUGACCGAUGAUACAGUGGAUGCGGUGCCAACCAACAAAGUGCUUAAUGCCGCCCACUCGCUGCCCAAUGCGCUACUCUCGAAUUUCGGACGUGAUCUACUGCACGUCAAGGAGGAGGGCAAGUCCAGUCCAUCGAAAGUGACAGGCGCCAAACCGAAGCGAUUCUCUACGUUUUCUACAUCCUCGUCCACAUCUUCCAAAAAUUCAUCGAAGUCGCGCAAUUCGCUGCGCUCAACAUAUGCGUUGACCACGCUUUGUAAUAGCACAAGCUUUGACGAGCGGAGUGCCAGCUGUGCCGAAUUUCGCUGCUCCGCGCCCAAGGUCGGCAUGAGCACUGAAAACUGCAUGCGCGCCGAAGCCCAUCUAGUCAGUAACACAGCCACGACAGCGACGUCCAACGACUGCGACGAUCUGAGCGUGAACGACGACACGUGUCUGGAUUGUUUGGAAAAGGAAUUUCUCGCAAACACCAUCGGCAAGGCCAUCGACACGAAUGAUUGCACACGCUGUCGCAAGCGCAGCAGCAGCAGCAUCGCGCUUUUUAAGCGCGCUACGCACGGCUCGUCGGCGGGCACAGCGCGCUGUCGCAGCGGCUCGCCAUUGGUACUGCGUGACGCGCACGACGAGUGCAUGCUCGGCACAGCGAUCGGCGAUUACUUGCAGCCGAGGUGUGUGGACUGGGCUAGCUCGGCCUUUCGUGAUAUACGCAUGAUGAAGGACGACAGGUGGCUGGGCGACAGUGUUAGUUGUGAUGAUAGCGGACCGUGCGCUGGCGAUCCGAAGUUAAAAAUUAAGCCGCGCGUGCGUACUCGUGUGCGUGCGCGCACCUGCGACGCUGAGGUGUUGCAGCAAUGCAAAAGUGAGGAGGACGCGUCGGCGCAGCAAAGACGCGCGGCUGCGGGCGAUAGCGGCUUCGACAACGAGCUUCUGUUGAAAAACUUACUACUGACUGAAAAGGAAACUGUUACAGUUGCCACUUUAAAUUUAAGCGAGGAGUUGCUAGUGCAGGCACUGGAUAAACUUCAUGUACCAUAUAAUUUGGAAAUUAUCAAAUCGCAUCUUUUUUACGUCUCGAAUACUGCUACAACGACUACAACAACAAAAACAACAACGCAAAUGUCCACAAUGCUUGGCAAACAACAAAGCUUGAAGGAAUUCAAGGACCUAAAGCAUCUGCUGUUGCACGAAUCGAAGAAACAUGGCAACCAUCCAAAACUGAAGCGUCUGAUUGAGCUGGCCACGCGGCAGCAGGUGGAGGUGGAGUUUCAGCAGGACACGAAGGACAACGAAACCGCAUUUGUGCCGCUCAAAGUCGCCGACAUACUGCAGCAGUGGGUGCGCACGAAGAAUCUCAGCGUGCUGCAGCACUUAGACAAGCGUUUUGUCGAGGCGAACGUUUUGGGUAAAAUCGCCAAUAUUAUACGCCAGGCGCAGCAGCGUUGUACACCGCGACGCCCACUGCCCGAACACAUACUGAUACCACAGUAUUAUCCUGCCGGUGUGCUAAGGCUUACAAGAAAAACUUAAAUUUUUUUUGCUACAAUAAGGAACUGCGAUUUGUAUGGCUGUUUUACAUAAAUUUAAUUUGAAAUACAAAACCAACAAAAACUUAUAUGAAUUAUUAUGCGCGCUGCCGUAGGCCAAAAUAAUCAUACAUAAUCACACGCAAACACACACUGCGCUUGAACGAAUGCAAUAUUAUUACUUAAAACCUAAAACAAAAACAAAAAAAUUUACAGCAUAUAUACAAGUACAUAUAGUAUAUAUACAUAUAUGUAUAUAUAUGCCAACUGCUAUCGACUUCUCGGUGAAAACCGUAGCAAAGUAAAUCCAAGCAGACUUAGAAUUACCAAUACAUAUUACAAUGACAUAAAGCAACUUAUACGCAUAAACCGUUUAACUGUUUGUAUGUAAAUAUAGCAAAUAUGAUAAUGCAA